AUUUCCGGCAAUCCUCAUAGUAAGAGCAGCAAAUUUGCCGGCUAACAAAGAGCAAAACAGUAACUAAACAAGGGGCAAGCCAUGCUCACAGUCAUACCACGGUGUUCUUAGGAUCCUAUUGGAUUCAACAUGGCUGGAAGUUUCUGGCAUAGCUCCCACUACCAACAGUGGUUAUUGGACAAACAAGAUCUCUUACGUGAGCGACAGCAGGAUCUUAAGGUCCUGAGUGAAGAGGAGUACCAGAAGAUUCUCAUAUUUUUUGCAAACUUUAUUCAGUCUUUAGGGGAACAACUGAAGCUGCGACAACAGGUCAUCGCUACAGCAACAGUGUACUUCAAACGGUUUUAUUCCAGAAAUUCUCUAAAAUGUAUAGAUCCCUGGCUAAUGGCACCUACCUGUAUAUUUCUCGCCUCAAAAGUGGAAGAAUUUGGUGUGAUCUCGAACAGCAGACUUAUAACUACAUGUCAGACAGUGGUAAAAAACAAGUUUUCUCACGCCUAUCCUCAGGAGUACCCUUAUAGAAUCAACAGUGUGCUAGAAUGUGAAUUCUUCCUCCUGGAAAUGAUGGACUGUUGUUUGGUGCUAUAUCACCCCUAUCGACCACUGACCGAGUAUUUCUCAGACAUCGGCCAUGAGGACACAUUAUACCCUCUAGCAUGGCGAAUAGUAAACGACAGUUUAAGAACGGAUGUAUGCCUGAACUACGCUCCUUACCUUGUUGCUCUGGGUAGGUACCAAUAUUAUUUUUGCUGA